GUAAACCCCUUCAGGGAAAACCCUAAACCCCUCUCUGUUCGUGUCUCCUCCUCUUCCCUCUCUUUGCUAAACCAAUUCUCUUCCUUGUUCUCCUUUUAGUUCUCCUCGAUCCGCUUCUUCGAAUCUACACGGCUGCCGUGAUUCUUGGCAGUUAGAUAACCUACGGCGAAGAUAUGGGGAAGAAGUUGGGGAAGAAGGCGAGGAAGUUCGCCAAGAAGAACCUCCAAUCCGUGCUCAAGAGGAGGCGCAAGCUCAAAUCCAUGUUCAAAAGGAAAGCCGCUUCUCGUAGAGUGGGUAAUGAGGAUGCUGCAGAAGGGUAUGAGAAGGUGAAAUCAGAGUUGCAUGCUAGAGGAAAUUCUGAUGAUGGAGCCAUUUUGAACGAUCAGCUAGAAAAUUUGUUUGUGGAAGAUGAUGAUCAUUUAAAUGAGGAUGUGUCUGACAGUGAUGGAUACCUAUCAGAGGAUCCUGAAUGCCCUUACAUCUCUGAAAGUGAGAAUGAGGAUGAUUCUAGAGGUCAAAACAAGGAAAUUCAUCUGGAGCUUGCAAAGCAAAAGAGAAAACUGGAAAGGCUGCUAGAGAAGGACCCAAAAUUUGCUGAAUUCGUUGAAAGUAGAAGAUCUGACCUGGACCAAACCAGAAGUGAAGAGAUUUAUUCAGAUGAUGAAGGAAAUACAAGUUAUCUGGAUGGAGUUGCAGUUAGACAGAGCCAGAUCUCACAUGAUGACAAAGUCCUUACAGGGCAUACUAUCGAUGUUUGGUGUUGGUUGGUUAUGGAACAGCCAGAUGGUUCUGGAUUUGCUAACCUACUUAAUGGAUUCCAUGCUGCGUCUCAAUAUGGGAUCAACUUUGAUGAUAAUUCAUCACCGAGAAUUCCAAAUAGAGCAGUUUUUUCUAAAAUAUUAACAUUUGUCCUCUGCGAAGCAGAUGGUGUUUUCCGUAGAUUAUUGGGAGUCCCGGACUCCUGCUCCAAAGAAUGCAUUUUAAAGUUGAAAAGCACACCAAAGUGGAAAACCGUGAGGCCACUGAUGAAGUCUUAUCUAAGGAGUUCCCUGUUUCUUCUAAAUCAAGUUACUGACAGCCAGAUUCUUGUUUUCAUCUUAUCACGACUCAGAGCUUCUGUUAUUUUCUUCACUUUAUUCCCAUCAUUGGUAGGGAGGCUUAUUAAGAUCUUAGUUCAUUUGUGGGCUACUGGUGAGGAGAGUUUGUCUUCAUCUUCAUUCUUUUUUAUUCGAGACAUUGCUUCACAAUUAUCUUCUGACUGCCUUGACACCUGCUUGACAAGAACAUAUAAUGCUUUUAUUGCACAUUGCAAGUUUGUGGAACCUACAAAUUUGAAGCAUCUAAAAUUUCUCAUGGACUCCGUUGUGGAAAUCUAUUCUCUAAACAUUCAAAAAUCAUACCAGAAGGUGCUUCUCUCUGUGCAGCAGCUGGCCAGUAUCCUGAGACAAGCUUUAAAGACGAAGGGAAAGGAAGAACUCAAGAAGAUACACAAUUGGCAGUAUGUUAAUUGCCUUGACCUUUGGGUUAAGUUCAUUACCUGUAACUUCAGGGAUCAUGACCUUCAGCAGCUGCUUUUCUUGAUUAUUCAAGUCAUAAGAGGAAUAGCUUACCUAUUUCCGGGUCCGCGUUAUGUACCUUUGAGGUUUAAAUGCGUGCAUAUGCUCAAUCAUCUUUCUCUUUCCAGUAGAGUUUUCAUACCUGUUGCAUCCCUGGUUUUCGACUGCCUAGAAUACAGGGGAAACAGCAAUUCUGAUACAAUGAAGAGAAUGCAAAUUAAUUUUUCAUCGUUGGUAAAGGUGCCAAAGCAAUUCCUUAAAUCAAGAGACUUCCACGAGGAGUGUGUUCUUUCAGCGGUUGAGCUGCUUGUAGCACACUUUGUUCAGUGGAGCUACCAUAUAUCUUUCCCUGAGGUGGCAACUAUUCCUCUCAUUCUCUUGAAAAGAUUCCAUGAAAAGACAAAUGUUGAAAGUCUACGCCGCCUGGUGAAGCGUUUGAUAGAUCAGGUUGAACAAAACAUUGCUUUCAUUCAGAAGAAAAGAGAAGAGGUUUCUUUUUCACCAAAUGAUCAAGCUUCUGUUGAAUGCUUCCUACAGCUGGAAAAAACUGGUCCACCGGCACCUUUCACUCGGUACUAUUCCAGCAUUCUACAAAAUUCAUGGUUUUGAGAUGAGGAUUAACAAAGGUUGUGUCAUGGGAUUUCUUCUGCUAGGUUUCGGUGUUCCACCCUGAAAAUGAGAAUGAUGAAUGCUUCAUGGUCUUUAUGCUUAUCUGGUAGUUGAAGUAUUGUGUUUUCAUGGAGGGCAUUCUUUUGUAAGAGAAACGGUGCAGGAAUGCACCAGUGUAUUGACCGUAGGUAAGAUAUGAGGUGGAUUGUCUGGUUGAUUAACAUUCAUCAGGGUUUUCGACACAUCAUUAUUCUUUAUCAUUAUUUAAAGCUCAUCUUUGCCUACAGUCGGAUCGGCCGGCCUCGGUUACCUAUAUUACUACAAAGAUGUAUCUUUUCUAAAUUCUCAUGUUGAUCUAGGCUUUUUUUGUUCAUUUCAUGUAGCAACCAAAAGUAGGAUUCUACUUAUCAUCAAUAUAAUUUUUGAAAAAUUAUCUUAA